AUGUCGAAACUCCUUCAAAUGGUCGGCGAAUCGUUUGGCUUGGAGAAAUCACCGAAUUUUCAUUUGAGUCGUGAAAGCGAGAAGAAUCUGAAUGAAGCGAUUAGAAGAGAAUCGAUCACAUAUAUGCAGAAAAACGAGAGAAAGACUCAAGACAGCAACGAUUCUCUCCACCGCCUCAAUAUCUACGUCACUCCUGCAUCCACAAUUGAAUCCUCAAUCGAAGCCUCAUCUUGCCCAGAUCGUCGUCAAUCCCAUUGUGGCGUCAUCGAGAACACGCAAUUCGAUGCUCAACGAAAAAGCUCUUUG